AUGUUUUCAGCGAAACAGCGGCGGCGAUUGCACGGUGAUUCGCCGACUGUACGAGGAUCUCAGAUGCGGACAGAAAUUACGGAAGAACAACGGCAUGAGAUCAAAGAAGCGUUUGAACUGUUUGAUUCAGACAAGGAUGGAGUCAUUGAUUACCAUGGAUUGAAGAUUGCAAUGCGUGCUCUUGGAUUUGAGGCGGAGAAGGGAGAAGUAUUGGAUAUUUUGAGGGAAAACGGGAAGAAUGGGCGUGGAGUGAUUGUGUAUGAGGAUUUUGCGCGUGUGAUGGCGGAGAAGAUUCUUGAGCGGGAUCCACUUGACGAAAUCAAGCGUGCAUAUGCCUUGUUUGCUGAUGAACAGACGGGGAAAAUCAAUAUCCGUAACCUCCGUCGCAUUGCAAAAGAAUUGGGUGAGAAUAUUGAUGAUCAGGAGCUGAUAGCAAUGAUUGAUGAGUUUGAUCUUGAUCAGGACGGUGAAAUUAAUGAGCAGGAAUUUAUUAAUAUCAUGGUGGACGAAGUCUAGAAGAUGAUGAUGGUUUGUUUUUUACGGCUAAAAGUGUUCCAGAGGAUAUCUUAGGGGCAUAAGACU